UGUUCGCUGUGUGUCUCCUCCCUCUCUUGCUCGCCCGCUCGCGUUCACCACGAAGCGCAAUCGCAGCACUUCGCCUCGUCGCUCGGAGCACCGCGCCAUGCGCCGCCCAUGGAAGCACCCCACCGCGCGCCACGGCGCCGCCGAGCUCUGCUUCCGCGAGGUCGGCGACCUCCUCCCCCGCCGCUUCGCUCGCCGCGCCGCCGCAUCCGAGGAGCUCGUAAUGCGCCUCCAGAUUCAUAGGAAGCUCAACAAGCACACAGGAUGCGUGAACACGGUGGGCUUCAAUGCCGCUGGUGACACCCUCAUAUCUGGGUCAGAUGAUCAGAGGGUAAUGCUGUGGGAUUGGGACACUGGUGCAGUUAAAAUGCAGUUCCAUUCGGGCCAUGGCGAUAAUGUAUUCCAAGCACGGUUCAUGCCUUACACGAAUGAUCGCACCAUCGUCACCUGCGGUGCUGAUGGCGAGGUGAGAGUUGCCAAGAUCCAGGAUGGCCGGGAUGUGCUUACUUCAUUGCUUGGUGAACAUGAUGGAAGGGCUCACAAGUUGGCUAUAGAGCCUGGAAGCCCUUAUAUUUUCUAUAGUUGUGGCGAAGAUGGCCAUGUCCAACAUUUUGAUUUGAGGACAGAUACAGCCACAGAAUUAUUCAUUUGCAGAAAAUCUGUGGCUAAAUCAGGAUACUCCUCUCAUGUCCGUCUUAAUGCAAUCACAAUUGAUCCACGGAAUCCAAAUCUUCUUGCAGUUGCGGGAAGCAAUUCUUAUGCUCGUGUCUACGACACCCGUAAAUGCAAGUCGGGUGGAUCAUCUGAUUUCGCUCAGCCAUCUGACUGUUAUUGUCCACCACAUCUUAUUGGCAAUAAGAAUGUUGGAAUAACAGGGUUAGCAUUCUCUCACCAGAGUGAGUUGCUUGUAUCUUACAAUGAUGAGAAUAUUUACCUCUUCCCUAAAAAUGGAGGGCUGGGACCCGACCCAAAAUCAUCCGUCAAAAUUGGAGGCGGUGAAGGGUCCAACUCAAUAGUGUUUGCAUCCGGUGAAGAUGUUGAUCGACCUGCGCCUCAGGUAUAUGUUGGGCAUCGCAAUUGUGAGACUGUGAAGGGUGUGACUUUUAUUGGGCCAAAUCAUGAAUAUGUUGCCAGUGGGUCAGACUGUGGUCGGUUAUUUAUUUGGAGGAAGAGAGAUGGGAAAUUUUUACGGGCAAUGGAGGGUGAUGAAUGCAUAGUCAAUUGUAUUGAGCCCCAUCCUCAUGCUAUGACAAUUGCAAGCAGUGGAAUUGAUAAUGAUGUGAAGCUAUGGACUCCCUCUGCCGUUGAACGAGCACAAGUGGUUAAUGUUGAGGAGUUGAAGCCCCGAAAGAGGAAAGCAAAGCUCUGGCAAUUUGCCUUGCCGGAGGAAUUGGUCUGGCACGUGCUGGCAUCACGACGUAGGCAACCAGCGGCUGGAGAAGAUUCAUCCGAGGAUCUUGAAGACAACACAGAAUUGCUUAAUCUUGUACUGCGAGCUACAAACAGAGAUAACUUGUCUGAUGAGAGUGAUGAGGAUGAAGAAACCUCGGAUGGCUCUGGAGAAUAGAGGCCAAUGAUCAAUUGUCCUUGGGGGAUAUUGCAAAAUUGUGUAUAUACGAUAAUAAUUACUCCAUUUUCAUGGAUGAUAAUAGUAUUAGUGUGCCUAUGUAGCUUGUGAUUCUCAUCUAUGUUAAGAUAUGUGUGUUUCCAAAAAGGGUACUUUGUUGAGAAAUUCGAAAUAUGGACAUAGCGUGCGAGCA